AUCUAGAAGGCGGCCCAGGACCAGAUAUCAAGAUUCCAGGUUGCCCCAGGCCUCCCCCCCCUGCCCCCAGGCUGCUGGGCUGGAGCAGCUGAGCCAGUGGACCCCUCCCUCCCAGCUGCCUGACACCCAGAGAGAAACUGAUAUGGGAGGGCAGGGUGCCAGGAGCCAGGCCCAGAAUAGUGCUGCCCAGCCACAGUGGCCAGCACUUGCUCUCCAUAGGCCCGGCUGGCCCCAUGGAGCCCGAGCUGGAGCACUCACUGCGCACGAGAUGAGCCUCCUGGAGCAAGGAGAGAGCACUCCGUGGCCAUCACCCGCCACGACCACCAGCUCAGAAAGAAGCCAUAGGAAGCGGGGGGCCAAGGCCUCAGGAUGGACAAGGCAGGAAGCUGUGGAGGAAGAGGACCUGCCAGGCCUGGGGGAAGGUCCCCAAUCCAGGCCAGCUGCUGAGUUCAUCGGGCUGGAGUCCACAUUCCCCAAGGCCACACCCUUGGCCCAGGCUGCUCCCUUGGACAUCCUCCCCUCUGAGUGCGCAGUCUCAGCCACCGGCUCCAGCGAAGAGUUCCCAGCCACAGUAGCUUGCAGGUCUGAGCUCAGCCUGGUGGAAGAGAGGCCUGCCCCAUGCCCAUCCCCACAGGCCCCGUUACCCAAGCAGGGCUUGGACGAUGAACUGCAGAAGCCGGGAGCCCAGGUCUACAUGCACUUCAUGCAGAAGCACACCUGUUACGAUGCCAUGGCAACCAGCUCCAAGCUGGUCAUCUUCGACACCACGCUGCAGAUCAAGAAGGCCUUCUUUGCCCUGGUGGCCAACGGUGUCCGGGCUGCACCUCUAUGGGACAGCAAGAAGCAGAGCUUUGUGGGGAUGCUGACCAUCACAGACUUCAUCUUGGUGCUGCAUCGCUAUUACAGGUCCCCCCUGGUCCAGAUCUAUGAGAUUGAAGAGCAUAAGAUUGAGACCUGGAGGGAGAUCUACCUUCAAGGCUGCAUCAAGCCUCUGGUCUCCAUCUCUCCCAAUGACAGCCUAUUUGAAGCUGUCUACACCCUCAUCAAGAACCGGAUACACCGCCUGCCUGUCCUGGACCCGGUAUCAGGCGAUGUGCUCCACAUCAUCACACACAAGCGGCUACUCAAGUUCCUGCACAUCUUUGGCGAUCUGCUGCCCCGGCCCCCACUCCUCUACCGAACCAUCCAAGAUUUGGGCAUCGGCACAUUCCGAGACUUGGCUGUGGUGCUUGAGACGGCACCCAUCCUGACUGCACUGGACAUCUUUGUGGACCGGCAUGUGUCUGCACUGCCUGUGAUCAACGAAGAUGGUCAGGUUGUGGGCCUCUACUCCCGCUUCGAUGUGAUCCACCUGGCUGCCCAGCAUACCUACAACCACCUAGACAUGAGUGUGGGGGAAGCACUGAGGCAGAGGACGCUGUGUCUGGAGGGAGUCCUUUCCUGCCAGCCCAAAGAGAACUUGGGGGAAGUCAUCGACCGGAUUGUCCGGGAGCAGGUACACCGGUUGGUGCUAGUGGAUGAGAGCCAGCAUCUCCUGGGCGUGGUGUCCCUAUCCGACAUCCUUCAGGCACUGGUGCUCAGCCCUGCUGGCAUUGAGGCCCUCAGUGCCUGAGAAUAUGAGUCCUCAUUCCCAGACUGCCUUCCACAGCGGAGCCAAUGAAGAGCCGGGCGUCGGCCUUCAUCUUCCCCCACCCCCAUUAGCUGGUUCGACUCUGGUUCAGGUAGGCUCUGCCCUGGGCUUUUGGCCUCAGCACCAGCCCCUCGGUCUUUCUGGUCUCCCAGAUCUCAGAUUGAGGUACCCUGAGGAUGGGAGUGGCCCAGCUCAUAGCUGAGCAGCCCUGUGAAAACUAUGAGUGUCAGGACUCACCAUGGGGCCACCACUUUGUUCCAUUCUUCUUUUUUAAAAAAUAUAUUUGUAUUGAUUUCAGAGAGGAAGAAAGAGGGAGAGAGAAAUAGAAACAUCAAUGAUAAGAGAAUCAUUGAUUGGCUGCCUCCUGCAUGCCCCCUACUGGGGAUUGAGCACGCAAUUGGACAUAUGCCUUGACUGGAAAUUUAACUGUGAUCUCCGGGUUCAUAGGUCGAUGCUCAACCACUGAGUCACAUCAGCUGGGCCUUUUGUUCCAUUCUUUAGUCGAGGUCCUAGAGCCCCUCAUAAGAGGGAUGCACAGGGGCCAAGGUAAAGACAAGGGCCGUGUGAUGUGACUUCAGGCACUCUGGGGAGAUUAACCUGUCCUCUCACAAAUCAAUUCCCACCUGUUUGGAAUUCCACUACUGGAAGGAAGCAAGUUAAACAUUUGUUGAAUGAAUGGAGUUUCCCCACUCAGUAAAAACUAAGGCUAAAAGGAGGGAGUUUCUAAAUACUCGUCUCAGUAAAUUCGACGUGAUCUCAGACUUUUUCCUGGGAGUGUGUUUGCUAAGGGUUGGCAUAAGGGUGGGGCGAAAAUUUCACCCACUUGGCAGUGAGUGGCAAGACUGAGGUUCCCAUAUUGGAAAGACAACCUCCUCUCAGAGGCCAUUUAGUCACCAUCUUCUUCUCUUUUCCUCACAGGCUUCUCCAGCCCUCCCUAAAUGCCCUUGCCCUGACUAUUCUCCCAGAAGCCCUCGGGAAUGCCCAGUGCACUAUGGGAUGAUGACAUUAAGGAGAACAGCUGAGUCAAGCCUAGAGAUCCCUGAAUCAGAGGCACUGGGAUUGCCCUAAGGCCCACUGCUCCCUGUCCACCCACAUCACCUUCCCCCACCUGGGUUGUGACUGGCCCCAGUGGGGCCAUGAGCCCUCAGCACAUGGGUAUAGUCAGGGGCUCCGGAUUUUUCGAAGCUCCUAAGAGUCCCAGCUGUUCUUUCCCCUGGAGAACCUCUGACCUCCUACUCCCCCUGCAUUGUCGUUUCAGGGCUGCUGGGGGCACCAUGGAGCAGCAGUUAUUUGUAGAACUGCCUGGUAGAGUGGCCCUCCCUCCAUUCUUUUCCUCAGCUCUCACUUGCAAACAGUGUUCUCGGUUCCCAGUGAUGGCCCUGUAUUGAGAUGACUGACGAUGGACAUAGAGAAAACAAAAACAAAAAGAACAACACACAAAUUUAGGUUUGAUAUGUUUCGCUCAGAAAAUGCUACAGUCAUUUAAUCUUGUGGCAAGACCCCUCCACUUUGUGAAUUCGAAGAUACAGAAGGAAAAUCUGUAAUUAGCAAACAUUGCAAGUGGCGUUACUUUUGUGCAGAGUGUUAUUCCACCAAAAUGUCUUUUUCAUCUUUUAUUUAUAACAAAACCAUAAAGAAAAUAUUACUUACAUAGUAGCUACAACUCACACCAUAAACUCUAUUCUGCAAGAAACAUAACUUUAUUUUUCUAACACUGAAUGUAAUUUCUAUUAUGAAGCCUCAUUUACCAGGUGGUAGAAAUGAAUCUCAGUCAGUUUUGGGUUCCCCUUCCAACUUUUCCUGGGGUUAAGUUUGGUGAUGGGGGGAAGGCUUUCAAUAGUAUGAGAAUUUGUUCCUCAGUCUUCAUCAACCAUCCAUGUCAGCUCCUGCUAAAAUAUCCCCAUUCCAUCUGGUUGUCACUUGGUUGGUCAUUGGUGGGCAUGGCCCCUGCUUAAUGCCCCCUCACUCCCUACCACGAAGCCUCAUUGGGCCUGCCUGCUCUUGGGGCAUAAGAACAUCCUCGCUCCUGGCCCUGCACCCUCUGGGCUUCAGGAAGCUCUGUGGGGCUGUCCCAAGCCCAUCUGCUGAGAUGGACAGCAAGUGGCCUGUUCUACUCUGAGCCCUACAGUUUUCCCAGCCUUUACCCAGGAAAGAUGGGGCCCAGGGCUCUUCUACUCUUUCCCCUCCAAACUUCUCUGGGGUAUUAGUCAUUCUUCCCCCACCUUCAGAACAGCUCCUUCCAGGGAAAACGCAGAAGGGUCAGUCUUUGGUGCCCUGGGUUGCUCAGCACGAGCAGACCUUCAGAUGCCACAGCACAGGCCUUAGGUGAUAAAGGGCAGCCCGAGGAAGGCGGUCUUCCCCCUUCAGAGCAGAUAGGUCUGCCCUCCUGGGCCCACCAUCCUGAGGGCCAGAAGUUCACCCGCCUGGGGAGAACAUUCUUUCAGUCAAAGGUACAUUUGCUGUGCUGAGUUCAUGUUUACUCUUCCUCAGUUACCCUCAAUCCUAUUGUUCUUUCCUUACAGUCAGGUCGAGUGGGUUAGCAGGGAGCCUCACUGUGAUAUCCUUCCCAGUGACUUCUGGGGGCAGCCCAGAGUCUCUGAGACCUCAGAUGCUGGAAGUGUGCCUCAUCACUGGCCACUGAUGGACUCUGUGCCAAACUUCAAACCAGAGCUGGUGUUUUUCACCCUCCAGAGAGAAUAGUGCAAAGUAAAGAGUUCAUGCUAUUACAUCACAUCCAUCCUGUCAAAGAAACAUUAGACAAGUCUUGUCUGGGCAUUGUGCUGGAAUUUUAACUGGCAGAGGCCAUUUUCAAGCCCCCAAGAUAAGCAAAAGAACUUCAUGUGCACAUCUGGUGUAGGUGCAUUGUUCUGCAGGUAUAUUUCAAUAAAAAUCUUAUAAAAAUAGCCUGGCCAGUGUGCUCAGUGGUUGAGCGUCGGCCCAUGAACCAGGAGGUCAUGGUUCAAUUCUCAGUCAGGAUACAUGCCUGGGUUGCGGGCUCCAUCCCCAGUUAGGGGCUUGCAGGAGACAGCCAAUUCUCAUCAUUGUUGUUUCUCUCUCUCUCUCUCUCUCUCUUUCUCUCUCUCUCUCCUCUUCCUUUCCCUGAAAUCAAUAAAAACAUAUUUAAAAAAUUUUUUUAAUCUUAUACAAAUUAAAUUUAAAAAAAGAACCUCUAGUACAAAGGAAAAACUUCUUUGGCCAUGUUGUAUUUUGUUUUACUCUGUUCUGGGUAGAAGUUUUUGAUUCUUUUCUUCCCAGAGCUAUGUCUGAGGGCAAGGUUUUGUAGUUGUGCUAAUAGUUCUUUGGUUCUUAUGUCUUGUGGGACACGAUGUUCACGUGUCACUGAUGGCAAGGCUUUUUGUGGGGAGCCUCUGAAGCUGUGCCUACUUCAGUAGCCUGCUUAGCUCUUGUUUCAGCUCUGCAUUUCGAUUUCCAAUUGGAGGUUGGAUUUUAGGUCCUGUAGAUCCUGCACAGCAGAACAGUGCCACCUCAGAAUUUCCUGUGGUGCCUCCAGAGGUACUGCUUCCAUCGGCAGCUAUUUCUACCAACUCAUUUCCACAGAUUUCUUUCAAUUGAGAUACAAUUCACAUACCAUUUAAAUUCUUUCUUUCAAAGUGUACAAUUUAGUGGUAUUUAAUAUAUUCACAAAGUUGUGCAACCAUCACCAUUGUCUAAUUUCAGACCAUAUUCAUCAUCCAAAAGAAACUCUGUAUUCAUUAACAAUCACCUCUCACUCUCCCUUCCCCUUGGCUUCUGGUAACUACUACACUAAUCUACUUUUUGUCCCUGUGGGUUUGCCUAUUCUGGACAUUUCAUGUAAAUAGAAUCAUAUAAGAUGUGGUCUUUUCCAAAUAUAUGGUGACAGAAGAUGAUCUGACUUUGGGUGGUGGGCACACAAGGCAAUAUAUAGAUCAUGUAUUAUAGCUAUCUACACUUGAAACCUGUAUGAUCUUAUUAACCAAUGUCACCCCAAUAAAUUUAAUAAAAAUA